CUGCUGUACUUUCCCAGUAACAGUUCACGCUAGCCUGACAAAGUCAUAUGACCUUACAGGUUAUUUACUGUGUUCGCAAAAAUAGCAGGAAACAGCUUUAGCGUUAUAAGACAAGCAAGCUGUCGAGCCGAGCCUUCAUAACCACGCUCACUUUGUUCUUAAAACACGGUUCUGAAGUUCUGCUCCGGUCCAAACGUCGACGACGCUGAAACAAGGAUGCUGCUUGCGUGCGUGCUAGUGACGCUGCUGUGCGCUCCGGCGAUGGCUCGUUUGCACAUCGAUCCCACGCUGGAUCUACACUGGGAACUGUGGAAGAAGACUUACAACAAAGACUACUCCAGCCAGGAGGAGGAUGGGGAGAGGAGAGUGACCUGGGAGAAGAACCUCAAACUCGUCACCCUGCACAAUCUGGAGCACUCGCUGGGCAUGCACACCUACGACCUGGGCAUGAACCACAUGGGAGACAUGACCAGCGAGGAGGUUUUAGCCAAGCUGACCGGCUUCCGGCUGCCCUCUGACCUCGAGAGAGGCAAUGCCACUUUCACCCGGUCCUCCGGUGCCACGGUGCCCGACGCCAUCGACUGGAGGGACAAAGGCUGCGUGACGGAAGUAAAACACCAGGGGGCCUGUGGUUCCUGUUGGGCAUUCAGUGCUGCUGGAGCCCUGGAGGGGCAACUGAAACUGAAAACGGGCCAGCUGGUGUCUCUGAGCCCUCAGAACCUGGUGGACUGCUCCUCUAAGUACGGAAACCAUGGCUGCAACGGAGGGUUAAUGCACCAUGCCUUCCAGUACGUCAUCGACAACCAGGGCAUCGACUCGGACUCCUCCUACCCCUACACUGCGCAGGAAGGUCCGUGCCAGUACAAAUCUGCCAGUAAAGCAGCGACCUGUUCCCAGUAUCACUGCAUCCCUGAGGGGAAUGAAAAUGCACUGAAGGAGGCUGUUGGUACAGUUGGGCCUGUAUCUGUCGCCAUUGAUGCUACCCGGCCUCAGUUUAUCCUGUACAGAAGCGGGGUGUAUAACGAUCCCAGCUGCUCUCAGAGAGUGAACCAUGGGGUUCUAGCCGUAGGCUACGGGACUCUGGAUGGACAGGACUUCUGGCUUGUGAAGAACAGCUGGGGUACACAGUUUGGGGACAGGGGUUUCAUUCGAAUGACGAGGAACAAAGCCAAUCAGUGUGGAAUCGCAGUGUACGGCUGCUACCCAGUCAUGUAACCCACCCACCAAACAGCCCUACUCUUUACCCAGCCUCUUGUAUGGGUUACAUGUGCGAGAUGCACACUGCAGCCUUUUUAAAAAAUAUUCUGUUUUUUAUUCAACUUCAAGUGAAGAAUACGAAACCUUAUAAACAGGGACUGAAAUGCUAGAAUAGUGAAACAAUUAUCUCUUUCAAUAGGGUUGACUAUUUAUGCUGGACACUGUUUUCUUGUCUGCAACCCGAAUUUAAAUUUGAAAUGAAAAUCUUUUUAAUUUGUGUUUUUCUUGAUGUCGAUGUGUCUAACUGAGAUUUUUUAAUUUUUUUUUUUAUUAGGAUGUCAUUUUAUAAUGUUGUCUUGCUUAGUGGUCACUACUGCAUUUUCAUAGCCUAAUUUCUAGUGGCUAAGUAAAAAAUAUGAGUCUUUUAAAACACUGUUGACAAUGAAAGAAAUAAACAAGGAAAUGGCC